AUGCACCCAUCGGCACUUGUUUUUCUUUUCUCCGGGUCUCUGUUUCUCUCUCUCCUCUUUGACCAAUACCCUUGCCGGACAUCAGACGAGCGCGUCUAUUUCACCGGCUUACUGCCAUCGGGUACUUAUGCAAACCCGUUUGCUUGGAUCGGGCCGCUGCGGAGAAACGAAAAGUUCCGGACUUUCGUUUCUUUCAUCCCUCAAAAACCACAAGAGUCAAGAGCGCAGAGCAAAGAAAAUAGAGUAAAGGAGAAGGAAGAGAGAAAACAAAAUCUCGUUAAACCAGCUCUCAAUACCGACCGUCCAUAUAGUAACUAA